AUGGCCCAGGUUGGGAGAGGCAUCAAGGGCAAGAAGAUCACCUUCAAUGUGGCCAAGAAUUGUAUUAGAAUUACUUUUGAUGGGAAAAGACGCCUUGAUCUGAGCAAGAUGGGAAUUACCUCCUUCCCCAAGUGCAUUCUGCGACUCAGUGAUGUGGACGAGCUUGAUCUUAGCCGGAACAUGAUAAGGAAGAUCCCUGAAUCUAUUUCCAAGUUCCAGAACCUGCGUUGGCUGGACCUGCACAGCAACUACAUAGAUAAGCUCCCUGAGUCCAUUGGCCAGAUGACCACCUUGCUCUACCUCAACAUCAGCAACAACAAGCUGACCACCAACGGACUGCCUGUGGAGCUGAAUCAACUCAAGAACAUCCGUACUGUCAAUCUGGGUUUGAACCACCUGGACAGUGUGCCCACCACACUGGGUGCUCUGAAGGAGCUCCAUGAAGUGGGGCUCAAUGACAACCUGCUAAAAACCAUUCCAGCAAACAUCUCCAAGCUCCCCAAGCUGAAAAAGCUUAACACGAAGAGAAACCCUUUUCCAGACACUGAGCAGUCAACCUCAUUCAUAGAUUCCAUUAAAAGGAUGCAGAACCUGUAUCUGGUCGACUCAAAAGAUCUGUGUGGGCCCUGCCUGCGGAAAUGCCAACUGGCCCGGGAAAAUCUGAACAAAAUGAAGAGCAUGGUUUUGCCAGGACCCAGAAAAGCCAUCUUCCCAAAUUUGGUCUCACCCAACUCCAUGGCUAAGGAUUCCAAAGAAGACUGGAGGAUGCGCACACCUUCCUGGAAUAGCUUACGACAAAGACAGGAAGAAUAAUCAACUAACAGGAAUCAGCGACUCUGAAGAGGAGAAGCCCUGAGUUAGGAGAAGACAAAGAGUGAACAGGGAACAUUCUGGAAGUCAGGCUCUCUGGUGCUGCCCAAGCCACUGACUUGCCUUAUGAAUAUCUGCUUUGCCUACCUUCCUUUAGGA